AUUCGAGCUUGUGCUCGCUCCAGCCUGCCCACGAGCCGGCUAGGCUCAGUCAGUUUGACUUCCUGUUCAAGCCUUAUGAAGUCUCGGCCUGUAUCACCGGUCCCGGGGCAGAAAUCAGAAUCGCCGUUGCUUCAGCUCCGGCAUCUUCUCUUCCAUUUUACGUUACGAUGGCGCCCAAAGUAUUGAUGGUUGCAGAGAAACCUAGCAUCGCUCUAUCCAUUGCAUCAGCGCUUUCCCAUGGCCGGAUGUCAACGCGGAGAGGAAGUACUGAUGUGCAUGAGUUUGACGGAAUGUUUCAGGGAUUUCAUGCUCAUUUUAAAGUUACUUCUGUUACUGGACAUGUUUUUAGUUUAGACUUUCCUUCUACAUACCAAAAUUGGGAAGCAACUGAUAAUUUGGAUCUUUUCCAAGCUCCUGUUGUAAAGUUAGAAUCAAACCCAAAGGGUCAUAUUUGCAGGCAUCUAUCCCAAGAAGCCCGUGGUUGUAGCUAUUUGGUACUGUGGUUGGAUUGUGACCGUGAGGGUGAAAAUAUAUGCUAUGAAGUUAUUGAAUGCACGGGAUUCAAUGAGAAUGAGGUUGGUCGAAAGAUACUGCGUGCUCGAUUUUCUUCUGUUACAGAGAAGGACAUAUUGGAGGCAUUGGAAAACCUUGUCAAACCAAACAAAGCUGAGGCCUUAGCUGUAGAUGCACGCCAAGAGAUUGAUUUGAAGGUUGGAGUUGCCUUCACUCGAUUCCAGACUCGCUAUUUUCAAGGAAAAUAUGGGAAUCUUGACUCCAGGAUCAUCUCUUAUGGACCUUGUCAGACCCCUACACUGGGAUUUUGUGUGCAACGUUGCAUGCAAAUCAUGACAUUUAAACCGGAAAAAUUUUGGUAUUUUAGUCCUUAUAUAAUAAAAGAUGGUUAUGAGCUACAGUUGGAAUGGGAUCGAAACAGAGUAUUUGACUUUGAUGUUGCUGCAAUGUUUCAAAAACUGGUACUUGAUCAGAAUAUUCUUGAGGUAACUGGUGUGUCCAAAAAUGAAGAAAACAAGAGUCGUCCUUGUGGCCUUAACACCGUAAACUUAUUAAAGGUUGCUUCAAGUGCGCUGGCAUUAGGGCCACAUGUUGCCAUGCAAUUAGCUGAGCGACUUUACACUCAAGGAUUUAUCAGCUAUCCACGUACAGAGAGCACAGCCUACCCCGCAUCAUUUGACUUCAGAAAUGUGCUUGGAGCACAACAAAACAAUCCUAUAUGGGGAAAUCAUAUCCGUUCAUUACUGACUGAUGGUUUUCAUAAGCCGCGUAUGGGAUCAGAUGCAGGUGACCAUCCUCCCAUUACUCCAAUGAGGGCAGCAACAGAAGAGAUGUUAGGAAAUGAUGCUUGGAGACUCUACCAAUAUAUUUGCCAACAUUUCAUUGGUACUGUUAGCCCUGAUUGCAAGUACACACGGACAAAAGUAGAAUUUACCUCUGGAGGUGAGCGUUUCCACUGUGUAGGGCUGCAUGUGAGCACUAAAGGAUUUACAUCAAUCAUGCCAUGGUUGGCAGUUACGGAGAAGAACCUUCCUCAGUUCACGAAAGGAGAGAAAAUCAAUAUUCUAAAAAUGGACUUGCAAGAGGGAAGCACCACACCUCCAGAUUACCUUAGUGAGAGUGAACUCAUCUCUCUUAUGGAAAAGCAUGGAAUAGGGACAGAUGCUUCCAUUCCUGUUCACAUAAACAACAUUUGCGAACGCAACUAUGUACAGGUUAACUCUGGGAGAAGGUUGGUUCCAACAGCCCUAGGAACCACCUUGAUAAGGGGAUACCAAAGUAUAGAUGCAGAUCUUUGUUUGCCAGAUAUCCGUAGCUUUAUUGAGCAUCAAAUCACCAUGGUUGCUAAAGGAAAAGCAGACCAUUCUCAUGUUGUUCAGCAUGUUCUUCAACAAUUUACGCAGAAGUUUUCUUAUUUCGUCAAGAAGAUUGAAAAUAUGGAUGCACUCUUUGAAGCGCAAUUCUCAACCUUGGCUGAAUCUGGACGUUUGCUCAGCAAGUGUGGAAAAUGCACCCGAUACAUGAAAUUCAUUUCAACUCAACCAGCACGGUUGUACUGUACCAGUUGUGAGGAGGUUUAUAAUCUCCCUCAAAAUGGCUCCAUUAAGCUAUACAAGGAAUUUGCAUGCCCUCUAGACGGCUUUGAGCUGGUACUCUUCUCCAUGUCUGGUUCCGAUGGAAAGUCCUUUCCUCUCUGUCCCUAUUGCUACAAUUCCCCCCCAUUUGAAGGAAUCACCACUCUAUUUGGUUCCAUUAAGCUUGGGAAUUCUGGAAAACUAGGCAAAGGAGCAGGCAUGCCCUGCUUUCUUUGUCCUCAUCCAACAUGUCGACACUCCAUGAUUACACAGGGAGUAUGUGCUUGCCCUGAGUGCAGUGGGACACUUAUCCUUGAUCCAGUCAGUGCUCCCAAAUGGAGACUCUACUGCAACAUCUGUAAUUGCAUGGUCUCCCUUCCACAGGGCGCGCAUCGAAUCUCAACCACUAGCAACAGAUGCCCUGAUUGUGAUUCCUUAAUCAUUGAAGUAGACUUCAAUAAGAAGACAACACCUCUAAGUGAUGGAGCUACAUUGUAUUCUGGCUGCAUAUUGUGUGAUGAAUUGCUGCAUUCUCUCAUUGAAAUGAAGCACGGCAAGUCGUUCUUUAGUCGAGGAAGAGGUAGAGGAAGAAGUCGAGGAAGAGGUGGCAGGGGUCGAGCUAGAGGUGGCUCAAAGAAUGAUGAUCCGAAAAUGAGCUUUCGAGAUUUCUAAAAGGAAUAACUGGUUCAUUCAUGCAUUCUAUUUAUUGCUUCCUGUGAUGUCAAGGAACAAGAAUUGAAGGAUUUGGUGAUUUCGUUACUAAGUGAAACUGAAAAUAUCAAGAUCUAUCCCUAUGUUUAGGGCUAUCACAGCCUUAGAGCAUUAAAUGCUUCCAAAAAGCUCUCCCUACGGACUUGCAGAAGUUGUAUUAUUUGUACAGAAUGUCUUCAUAUCAUUAUCAUCCUGUAAGAACCGGAAAGGCUAGCAAUACUAUCUGGUGUUUAUGCAAUUUGAAUAGCUUAAAAUUGUUUAUUCAUUUGCCUUGACAUUUCCUUUAUUUCAUUUUCAUAAUUUUUUAUGUCAGAAGUAUAUAACUGUGUUUAAACA